UAUCCUUGGCAUUAGUUUCGUUUUGCACGUGCCAUCGUGGAAGACUCGCGUUUGGCGACAGACUGAACCCCACCUUAGGUAAGCCUACCUACCUAAGGUAGCUGGCAGCGCUGGGUAGGUACGUAGGUAGGGAUCAAAGAUAGAGAGAUGUUGCGUGUUACAUAGCUUAAGGCAGGUAGGUGCGCCUUGAUCGUUUGCAGAUGUCCAUCAGUUCUAACUUCGUUCUAAUUUCUCUCUAAACCUCAACCACUAUCAUCACCAAAUAUCCGCAUAGCGACAAUGUCCCCAAACCUCACUACAAUCCCCUUGGAAAUACUGAUCCAAGUCACUUCAUAUCUCGAUACUCGAGACUACGCAGCUGUUCGUUUGGUCUGCAGGAAACUCGAAUUCUUGCUCUUCCGGCCAUUUGCUCAAAAAUACUUCACUCUCAUCUGGUUCAUGAGAACUGAAUAUGAUUUGCAGGCUCUUGUGGACAUAUCGGAGUCCCGCCUAUCACCCUACCUAAAGCACGUACUAAUCGAGGAGGAUAUCUUCUGUUGGGGAGUAUUCAAACAGAGAGAAAACGAUAGCUAUUUUAUAAACAAAACGCUCAAAUGUUUACGCCUCGUAUCUCCGCGCGAGAGACUUAAAUUUCUCGAAUUCGCUGCCGAGCAGUCGGAAUUCCUCAGUACCGGACGUGAUCGGGAACUGCUUAUCAAGGCCUUUCGCAAUCUCCAACUUGAAACAGUCGAAAUUCGUGGUUUACCUUUUUUCGGUCAUUACAAGAUUCGAAGUUCGGGAACUUAUAAAGCCUACAAGAAGACCAGAUUGCAUAACAGGUUCUUUACGCACCCUGACUUGCGCCCUGACUUGCAGCCUGACUUGUUCGAAUGGGACCUGUUCGCAAAAUGUGCGCAAUCCGUCCUACUUGCGUUAGUAGACUCGAGAGCGAGGCCGAGACGAUUUAAAAUUUAUGCAAUGUUGCCGGCAAUGAAUGGCCGAGCACUCAACAUCCCUGACUUCCCAGAAGAUGCCGUCCAGUCCAUGGCUUCUAGCCUAGAAACUAUGGAAAUAGAAAUAGAUUCGGAUCGCCCACCUGGUCUCGAAUAUCCUUUUAACAGCGUCAUUUCACACGCAACCCAUCUCAAGAAAUUACGCAUCGUUGCCCGAGUUAAUUCAGAGUUUAUCCAGUGGCUGGGGGCUCCAGUUUCGCACAAUGGUUAUAACAUACCACCUCCCGCACUUACGGAACUUCAUCAUUGCUCGCUUAGAGGCUGCAAUUUACCUAUGCUGAGCCUCCUUUACCUCAUUCAAAAGUGCUCGAGCCUCCGGAGAUUGGUCGUGUUUGACGUGGAGUGCCUUGAUUUCCGUAUGAUAGAUGACUUGGGCUCCGACGAGGCUGCACUUGUUCGACUUUUGAAGAAGAUACUCCAGUCAAGCACACAUCUCGAGUUUAUCUGCUUAGUUAAGUUGAAUUUGGUGCGUUGGGAGAAGCGUGUCGUUUUUUCAAGAAACAAUGGCCCUCUACGCCCAUCAUUCAUUUACAAGGGGGAAAAUAUGAAGGAGGAGCUUGAGGAACUAAAGAUUGCGGUGGAGGCGGUGGAGUAAAGCCAUAUAGUAAUUUUUCGAAUGAUGGUUAUAGCUUAUGGCAGAUUAGGCUAAUAACUGAAGUUAUUUAAAUAGCUAAGAGGCAUUCCUCUGUUGAGCGGUUAAUAGAGUUGUCAUCCUGUACCUGUGGUCUGUAAUAACAGCGUUCAGUGAUAGAGGGGGCCGGAUGGGUACCUAAGGGACCUCCAGUUAUCAGGAUAUGAAAUGCAUCUUCCAUCAUUGGUCUACCUAGUACCUACCUAACCUAACCUAGGCUAAGGUACUAGGUACAUAGGUACAAAUAUUAAUGCGAUUCAUCAUUCAUGUGCAGCGCUGAAUCAUUGACCUAAAACAGUAAGCGUCCGCGUGUGGAAG